GCACCACAAAAUAACAAAAAAAUAAAAAGGAGAGAGGAGAGCCACCCCCAUCGCCUCGUCUCUCCUCUCCUCUCCCCGCAGAUCUUCCCCGUCGCCGGCCACCAUGAACUCCUACUCCGGCGACCGAUCCUCCUCCCGCCCCACCACCACCACCUCCUUCGACUCCUACAACUUCGACUUCGGCGCCAACUCCUCCCGCUCCUCCGCCUCCCGCCCCCUCCGCGACCAGCGCCCCACCAACCCCUCGCCGAGGCCAGCCGCCACAACAAACACAUGGUCACACCAGCCGGCCAAGACGUCCUGGACCCACCAGCCGUCCCCCGCCGCCGCCUCGGCGCUCGGAUCCGGGCCCGUCUCCAUGGUCGGCGACAUCUCCGGCCGGAGCUGGGGCGCCACCGCGCCCUCCUCCGGCAUCGGCCUCCCCCAGUCCAACAACCCCAACCUCUUCAGCGACCUCCUCGGCCCCGCGCUCGGCUCCACCCGCGCCCAGUCCAACGCGCCGCUCAGAUCCCAGCCCUCCAGGCCGGCAGGCGCCAACCCUAGCACCAACAGCGCUCCCUUCUCGAUGGGCGGCAUGGCGAGCACGCUCCCGAAAACCACCGGGGCGCCCAUGGCCUCAGCUGGCUACGGGGUUGGUGGCCGACCGAUGAAGCCCGUGGGCAUGGCGUCGGCUGCCGCAGCUCAGCAGCCCAUGGGGCAGAAGAAGGAUCCCUUCGGCUCCAUCGAUCCCUUCGCGGCCAAGCCUAUGAAUGCCGCAAAGCAGGCAGGCUCGGUCAAACCGGACCAGGGAUUUGCCGCGUUCCAGGGCGUGAGUUCGGGCGUCGACGCGGGAUUCAGCGGUUUCCAGAGUGCCGGCGCUGGAUUCAGUAGCUUCCAGAGUACCCCGAAGCCAUCCAGUGCUACUCCUCCUACACCUGCACCCGCUCCGGCGCCUGCGGUGAACUCUGGCCUGGAUCAUUUUGACACGCUGUUCCCUUCAUCUGCACCAGCUGCUUCUGCAGCGAGCAAUGGUGGUGGUGACAUGUUUGGUGAGAUGGAUGACUGGGUGGACGUGGAGUCAGACUAUGUUGCUGGUGGUGACAGCGGUGGCACAACCACAGAGCUGGACGGGCUACCAGCACCACCGUCUGGGUUGACAGCAUCUGCUGCCAAGGCAAAGGGAAUGGACAAUUACAAGGGUGGCCAGUAUGCUGAUGCUAUCAAAUGGUUGUCCUGGGCUGUUUUGCUCAUCGAGAAGACUGGCAAAAAUGCUGGCAUUGCGGAGGUGUUAUCGUCAAGGGCCUCGUCUUACAAGGAGGUCGGCGAGUAUAAGAAGGCUAUUGCCGACUGUUCCAAGGUGCUAGAGCAAGAUAAGGAGAAUGUGUCUGUGCUAGUGCAGCGGGCUCUCCUAUACGAGAGCAGCGAGAAAUACAGGCUUGGGGCAGAUGACCUGCGUUUGGUUCUCAAGAUUGACCCCAGUAAUAGGCUCGCCAGGAGUAUGAUUCAUCGGUUGAACAAAAUGGCUGACUAGGGAUUUUUCGCCAAGUUCCCUUAUGUACUAUCACUGUAAUCCAUCCCUGACAUGGAAACUGUGAGUUACUUCAUAUUAUUUUUACUACUAUACUUGUGGCUUUGGGGGAAUCAUUUGCAACUGUGUUGUUAUGAAGCACCAUCAUGACAUCUUUACACAGUAUAUUCUUUGAUUGGUAUUGUAUGAUCAUAUAUUGUAUUAAACUUAUUUCAAGAGUUUAUAUGUUGAUAUGAAGCCUUCAUUAAGUUC